AUGCCGGACUAUAGCAAGCAGACAGUCGCGCAGUUGCGCCAGCUAUUGAAAGACCGAAGCAUACCUAGUACGGGCCUGACACGGAAGGCGCAGAUUAUCGAAAAGCUUGAGGAGGCAGACAGCGCUGCAACAACCACUCACGCGACCGAAAGUAACGUUGAUGGUGCAGCGGCGCCCUCUAAUGGAGUGGACGAAUCACUACAUCAAGCCAACCAAGACCAUGUUGAUGCCGAAGUCCAAGUCUCUAGAACACCUGUCGAAGAAGCUGGAGGGCCAGACGCAAAACUCGCACGCGACACGGAGCCAGAAGUCCAACCCGUACCUGUAGCGACAAUCGAUAGUCUGCCUGAAACGAUAUCGCAUAUAGACAACGUCAUUCACCCUGAACAACGGACCAAAGCCAUUAAAGAGUCCGCCGGAGAUACUGCAAACGCAAAGGAGCCCGCCCCAUUACAACCCAUAGAGAUAUUCGACGCGCCGCCGGCGGACCUGAACGGUACAGUCGGUCCGGCUGUGACUGAACUCACGGACGCCCCAGCCGGAGUUCCGGAGGAAGAGGAGCUCGCCACAGACCCACUACCAGACGCGCCUGGGCCGGCCGCAGAAGAUUUGUGUCUAGCAUCACAAAAGCACGAGCUUCCUCAAGGCUUGCAAGACAAUGGCAUGGACGACAAAACAGCUUCACCCGCACCGAAUGAGAAGCAGUCAGUGGAGAAGCCAGAGUUGCUUCCCAUACCGGAGCAGUCAACAGCUGAAACAUCACGACUAAACUCCGAAGAGUUGGAAGCGGAUUCGAAGAAACGGAAGAGGAGGAGUGACACGCCCGAAAUGGGAGCCGAUGAUAUCAAGGCCAAAAAGCACAGACCGAGUCAGGAACUGGCGCCCGAGAUAUAUUUGAAGGAAGACAAAGAUAUAGACAUAGAUCAAAGAAGGACCAACGAGGUGGACAUGGCCGCAGCAGUUGACAAUAACAUCCUCACACACGACAAUCACGCCAAUCCGGGCAAAGCAGCCUCGCCAGCUGGAGGAGUGGAACUCAGGCGCGAAAAGAAAGAAAAUUCGGCUCGAUACAAAGAUCUAGUGAACACAGGGGCAGAUGAUACGCCGCUAGAAGCGUUAACGGACGAUAGGCCAACCAUACCCGCAAUACACCCCGUGACACCUGCUCUGUACAUCCGCAACUUCAUGCGUCCACUACGCCCAGAACCGCUACGAGCACAUCUGAUCUCCCUCGCUUCUCCACCCUCGAGCUCACCAGACCCUACCAUUAUCAAAUCGCUCUUCUUAGACGCAAUGAAAACACACGCUCUCGUCUUGUUCAGCAGCACAAUUGCCGCAUCUCGAGUACGGGCAUCAUUACAUGGCUCGAUAUGGCCACCAGAAGGAAACAGGAAAGAACUCUGGGUAGACUUCGUUCCCGAAGAACACGUAGAAGCAUGGAUCAAGCAGGAAGAGGACGCAAUAGAGGCCGAAAAGGAAGCUCGUACGAAUGGCCGUUCCUCGAAUCCGAAGCGUUUUGAAGUCGUGUACCCAGAGUCUAGCGAUGGCUCCAUCACAGCUGUGUUCCAGGAGGUAGGUUCGAGCGCGCCGUUCAAUGCUCCAAAGGGACCACGCGCGAGCCUCGAUGUUCGGCGGCCUUCUAUACAACAAUACUCGCCACCUUCUUUACCACCGGGGACAACUAAAGAUGUCAAGCAUGACACUGAAGCCCCAUUCAAGACGCUACAUGAUCUUUUCUGCGCAACUGUGGCUAAACCGCAAAUAUUCUAUCUUCCGGUUUCUGAUGAGACAUCUGAGCUGAGGCUAAAAGAGCUGGACGCGGAAACGAGUAGAGAUUGGGCCCCGGGUGAGGUCAGGAAAGGACGGGGCAUCAAGAAUAAGAUCAAGUACAAAUACAGCUUCGAUGAAGACGAUAGGAUCGUCGAAGUUGGAGAGGAUCGGGGGCCGUGGAGCGAGGGCUACCGAGGGGGUCGACGAGGCUUUAGGGGAAGGGGGAGAGGUGGUGGAUUCAGAGCAAGGGGAGAUAAUUGGAGAGGGUGAAAGAAUCCAGCGUAUCAUAGUUGUACUCUG